UCUUCACUAAACUACUCUGUGCGGCUGACUUACUAUAAAGGAAAAGGUCAGUCUCGCCUUGCCGGAAGGUGCUGGGAAGGGCAGAAGUUGCCAAGGAAGACGGUGGCCAGGUGUACUUCCGCCAGUAGCCAAAAUGGCGGCUCACAUGUUGCAAGAUCUGGCAGAAUUGUUGGAAGCCUCAGAACCCGCGGUCCGAUUAAUCAUCUCGAUUUUAAUUGGUUAUCCCCUUGCCUUGAUAUUUCGAUACUGCCUUUUCCAGAAGGACCCCUUUGUGAUUCACCUGUUCCACAUCGUGACAGGACUAUGUAUGGCCUACUUCAACUUCGGGGUCCAGCUCUAUCACUCGCUGCUCUGCAUUGUGAUCCAGUUCCUAUCACUGAGGCUUAUGGGAAGGACUAUCACCGUCGUUUGCUCUAGUUUCAUCUUUCAGAUGGCAUACCUCCUCUUCGGGUACUGCUACACAGCGACGGAGCACUACGAUAUCAAGUGGACCAUGCCGCACUGCGUCCUCACACUGAAACUCAUCGGGUUAGCCUUUGACUACUAUGAUGGAGGAAAAGAUCCAGAGCAGUUCAGUGCAGAGCAGCGUCAGUCUGUCCUCCCUCAGGUUCCCUCCUUCAUUGAGGUCUGUGGCUUCUCAUAUUUCUACGGCGGGUUUCUGGUGGGACCCCAAUUCACGAUGCGCAGCUACCAGAGGCUGGUGGCCGGGGAGCUGACAGACUGCCCAGGCCACACUCCAAACUGUAUACUCCCAGCGGUGAAGCGGGUCGGCUUGGGUCUGCUGUGCCUGUCAGUCUACACCCUGGGCAGCCCCUUCUUCCCCGACAGCUACUUACUGUCAGAUGAUUUUGAGGCCCAGACAUUUUGGUAUCGCUGCUUCUACAUUCUGGUCUGGGGGAAAGUGACGCUGUACAAAUACGUGAGCUGCUGGGUUAUAACGGAGGGUGUGUGCAUCCUUUCUGGGCUAGGCUACAAUGGGCGAGACUCUGAGGGUGUUGUCCAAUGGGAUGCCUGCGCCAAUAUGAAGGUGUGGCAGUUUGAGACCACGCCCCUUUUCACCGGGACCAUCGCUUCAUUCAACAUCAACACCAACGCUUGGGUCGCCAGGCACGUGUUCAAGCGUCUCAAGUUCCUGGGUAAUAAGAUGGCAUCUCAGAGCACAGCGCUCUUCUUCCUGGCAAUCUGGCAUGGCCUGAACUCUGGCUACCUACUCUGCUUCCUGAUGGAGUUCAUCAUUGUGACCGCGGAGAGGCAGGCCCUGUCUCUGGUUAGGGACAGUCCGUUUCUGACCCGGAUUAGCCAGAGCCCGGUCCUGUGGCCCCCCCUGUACCUGCUGCAGCAGCUCAUUCAUUGGCUGUUCAUGGGAUACCCACUUGUACCAUUCUGCCUCUUCACCUGGGACAAGUGGUUCAAGGUGUACUCCUCAGUUUAUUUCUGCGGUCAUGUGUUCUUUUUCACUGCCAUGCUGAUCAUGCCUUACCUGCGCAGGGCACUAGUGCCCAGGAAGAGAGAGAAGGAUAAAAAGGAGUGAAGACAGGACAGGUAGUGAACAGAGAUAGCCCAGGUGACUCAUCAAACCCUCGACUAUCCAUCAAUCUAAAUAUCUCUGUCUGUCUGUCUGUCACCUAAAACUGGGACCUGAGCUGGCUUCGAGUCGAUUAGGUUGAAAGAUUCUUCUCAUUGUAGACCCUGUUUACAUGGGAGCAGCGCUCUCAGCCAACACUGAGCCUGUGUACGUGUGCACAGCAAAGGGGGGUCACUAAAAGAGGUUGAAAAUACUUGAAUGUUUGCUUAGUGUAAAACAACAUGGAACUGGGAAUGAUUUUAACUGUAUUUAUUUGUUAGGUGAGACGCAGUGAGGUCCGUGAGUGGCUCAUCUAAUAGGAGCACAGCCUUUUGCUGUGCAGGGAGAAUCAUACAGCUCAGGUUCAUGUCCCGGCUCUGCGGAAUUACCGGUCUUCGCUAGGGAUUCUUAAAGGAGUGUUGCAUUCUGGGAGCUCCGGCGCUCCUGUGGGUUAGGGACUAUUUCUCCUCAUCUCGCUACAGAGAAUCCUGCUGGCCUGGGGCCCAGUGAGUUUAGAGUGGACACCUGCAGGGCUGGCCUUUGUCCUCUUAGUGGUCUUUAGCUCAUUGACAUCCACUCUUGAGUUCCUGGAUGUAGAAGAAGAAGCUGGCUUGGUUGUGGAAUGGAGGACACCCAGGAAAAUCUUCAGUUCUCUUGAUGUGGUGAGGGGAAAAAUUAAUUGGGCAUUCUAAAUUUUGGGGAGAAAAUUAGAGGUAAAAUAAUUGGGCAAUAGUAAAAUAAAAAAAGUACAAAAUUUGACACAGUGUGUGGGUAUAGGGGUAUGAGAGUGUGGAUAUGAUACUCGCUAACAGUGCUGGAGGUGAAAUACCGCUCAGGACAUUGUAGGGGGCAUUUCUUUAAUAUUGUAAUGAAGAUUCAUGUAUUGUUAUUGAAGUAUGUAGGACACAUUUCAAGUAAACAUUGAGGGUAAUACAGUAUGAAACAAAUAUAUAUGGACUACACUAUGUUAUUUUGUUGGUGUGCUUUUUGCGGUUACCAAGAUUAAUGUCUAGGAUGCUGUGCGUGAGAGAAACGCCCAGAAUAAAGGAUUUGAAAAGAUUCUCACUACGUCUCUUAUCACUGCGACCUGUCCUUUCACGUCAGUUCAUGCAUCCUGUUCCCACAGAGCCAGCUGAGUGACACUCAUACUGGGGGAGCUGUUCACAAUGUAUCUCUGCGUGAGCCAGCUUAGGGACUGCUGUGUUCGCAGUAGAGCAAUAAACAGACCAAAGCUGUCACAAAGCCCCCUGUGGAGAAGGGCGCUUUUGAGACGAUUGCAUUUACACUUCAAAAACUAAAUCCUAAGAGCUAAGCUGCCACAAAGCUGGCUUAAAAUUGGCUAAAGUAAACAAGGUACAAGUGUCUGCCUGUCUCUAUCUGUCCAUCUAUAUAAAUAAUGACUCUCAGAGUGCCAAAGUGUUUCUCAUUUAGAAAUGACAGCAGCCCCUGUCGACUCUGUACUAGAUCUUAGUUCCCAUCUAUAAAAUGGAAACAAAAAUCUGCUGUUUUGUCAGAUUUUUAUUGGAUUUUUUUAUUCUUAACAGGUUAAGCAGUCGUAUAAAUUGAUAUGCAUUAAUACAUUACCUCAGCUAAAGUACAUUGCUAAUGUACUGAAGAAAUACAAAAACAGCUUUCACUUUCCUGUUUCAGCACACAUGCUGCACAAUUCCCAGCUAAAUCUAACAGCUGUCUAAUGAUUUGCAAUGCUGUUAUAUUAUAAAAUGAUAUAUAUAAAACCUGCAAUAUUCCAAAAUAGGUUGUGUAGGCCUUACUUUGCCCAUGUUUACAGCCAUUUCCUGUGAUGGGUAUAAAGUUUACAGCUGCCCCGGUGGUGGUUGUAAAGUUAUGGCUGCCCCAGUGGUGGUUGUAAAGUUUACGGCUUCACUGCUGGUGGUUAUAAAGUUUACGGCUGUCCCGGUGGUGGUUGUACAGUUUACGGCUGCCCCUGGCGUGGUUGUAAAGUUUAUGGCUGUCCCUGAUGUGGUUGUAAAGUGUACUUGUCCCUGAUCUCCUGUCU